GGGGAGUAGGGUGCUGGGGAAAUAUGGGGAGAGAGCAAAGUGGUUAAACAGUUCCAUGAGAAGCAGAACUGAAUCUACUAUUUCCUCUACUCAGCAAGGGAAAAUGUCUAGUGGAGGGACCUCGUAGCCCUGCAGUCCUUAUUCAGCGUCAUCCAUGCUCUUCAGUUCACUUUGUCCCUUGGGUGAACAAUUAAUGUAAGCACAAGAGAGAAAAUUGGGUUGAAGCUGACAUUGAGAAGACUUUAGCAUAUACUGUGGUGAACUUUAUGAGGCUGAUGGAGAAUACCUGGCAGGAAAGGAUGGAGGAUGGGCAGAGCUGUUUCCUUACUUUAGGGCGCAGUAGAAUUUCACGAUAUUAUGCCUAUCUGGCACACGCUGGGUUUUGGGAGCCCUUUGGAGUUUGUAGCCCACCCGUUGAGUAACAUCAGCUUAAAGUGAGCAAAGUGGUAUCAGAGGAGCUAAAUAUUCAGAAAGAACUGAUGACAUUGCAUAUGCAGGAUGAGUGUGAAGGGAGGAUAUGAGUGUGUGACUGGUGAUCUGUGCUGGGUUUGGCUGGGAUGGAGUUAAUUUUCUUCACUGUAGCAGGUGCAGUGUGUUUUGGACUUGGUAUGAGAAUAGUGCUGAUGGCACGUUGAUGUUUUAGCUGUUGUUAAGUGGUGGCUAAGUGUCCCUAAGUAGUGCCUAUACUAGUCAAGAACUUGUCCAGCUUCCCCUGCUCUGCCAGGGGCACAAGAAGCCGGGAGGGGAGGGGGCACAGCCAGGACAGCUGACCCCAACUGACCAAAGGGAUAUCCCAUACGAUAUGAUGUCAUGCUCAGUAUAUAAAGCUCGGGGAAGAAGAAGGAAGGGGGGGGAAUGCAUUUGGAGUGAUGGUGUUUGUCUUCCCAAGUAACCCUUAGGCGUGAUGGAGCCCUGCUUUCCUGGAGAUGGCUGAACACCUGCCUGCCCACGGGAAGGAGCGAACAAAUUCCUUGUUUUGCUUUGCUUGCAUGUGCAGCUUUUCCUUUUCCUUUUCAUUAUUGUUGUUGUUAUUAUUAUUAUUAUAACUAUUACUGUUUUGCUUUACCUAUUAAACUGUCUUUACCUCAACCCCUGAGUUUUCUCACUUUUUACCCUUCUGAUUCUCUCCCCCAUCCCACCCCGAGGGGAGUGAGAGAACGGCUGUGUGGGGCUUAGUUGCUGGCUGGGGCUAAACCACAACAGUCCUAAACAAAAUCCAGGAGCUACUGAGUGGACAAGACACAGACUGGGCCAGCAGUUUCAGAUGCCAAUGUCAUAUUGCCAGAAGAUUCAGCAUGAUGGAAGCAUUCACAGAAACGACACCUGAAUACGCUUAUGACGAACAUGCUUUUUCCUGCAACAAGACUGACAUCCAAGAAUUUGGGAAAAUAUUUCUGCCAAUAUUUUACAUUGUAGUGUUUGCUCUUGGCCUCACAGGGAAUCUAAUGGUGGUUUUUGUCAUUGUGAAAGAAGGUGGUAAAAAAAGCAUCACUGAUAUCUAUCUCCUGAACUUGGCUAUCUCGGACCUUCUCUUUGUGAUCUCCCUCCCCUUCUGGGCUUCCCACACGGUGCGUGGAUGGACCCUUGGGACUAUUCCAUGCAGAGCCGUUUCCUCGCUGUAUUACAUUGGCUUCUUUGGGGGCAUGUUCUUUAUUACUGUUAUCAGUAUCGACAGAUAUUUGGCCAUUGUCCGGGCAACGUAUUCUCUGAAAUCCAGAACAAUGAAACAUGGCUUUCUUAUAACCUGUGGAGUAUGGCCAAUAGCGAUUUUAGUUUCAGUGCCACAUUUUGUGUUCUCCCAGCAGGUAGAAAAUGACUGCAUUUCUGUCUUCCCCCAGGAGCUGGAGAACAUCUGGCCAGUGUUCUGCAAUGUGGAGCUGAACACCAUUGGCUUUUUCACCCCAGUCUGUAUCAUAUGCUAUUGCUACUAUGGGAUGGUCAAAACCCUGCUGUCCUGCAAAAAUCAGAAAAAAACACGAGCCAUAAAACUUAUCUUGGUUGUGGUGGUUGUAUUUUUAAUGUUUUGGUCCCCCUACAAUGUACUGAUUUUUCUAGAGACUUUAAAGCACUAUGAGUUAUUCACAAGUUGCAACCAAAUUAAAUCAUUGGACUAUGCAAUGCACCUGACCGAAACCAUUGCAUUCAGUCACUGUUGUCUCAAUCCCCUUAUCUAUGCCUUCGCUGGGGAGAAAUUCAGGAAAUACCUUUAUCAAGUCUGCUUAAAGUACUGCCCAUUCCUGUGUUUCUGUGGCCCCUGCAGUCGCUACCAGGUGACCUAUUCGGCUAGUUAUGCAGAAAGCGUUGUGAGCAGUAACAUAACCCUGAACACCAGUGAACAGGAUGGCUCUGUCUUUGUCUAAAAGGCUUUGUGAAGAAGUGUAUGUAAAUAUGUCUUCUGCAGGGCUAACUACUACUGGCAGUGUAAGAGAACAACCCCUCGCCUUGGAUACAAGGAGUGUUGUAUAUGUUUAUUUAGUGUGAAUCUAAGGGGUAUUGUAUAUGAUUGGUUAGCGUGAAUCUAGACUCUUUCCUUUUUGAUUAAGCAUUAUGGAUAGUUAAUCUAAGGCUAGGGACGGGAUGUCUUGGCCAUCAGCUCACUCAUUUAGGUAAUGACAAAUGCUCCUUUUUAGAAGAAAAAUGAGUGAGACUUGCUAAGAGAAGAUAGCUCGAAGUAGUCAUUUCUAGGUAACGAGGGUUAGGAUACUUCAUCGAUCAAGACCACCAAAGACUGAAGAGAGGAAAGCAUGCAUGGAAGAAUCAGAAGUGGAGACAAGAAGAACGACUCAGUGCCAUUAUAUAACUUAUGUAGAUUAGAAUGAAUAUGCAUUAGAUAGGUAGAAACGUAGAAUCAUAGAAUGUCCUGAGUUGGAAGGGACCUGCAAGGAUCAUCGAGUCCAACUUCUGUCCCUGCACAGGACAACCCCAAAAUUCACACCAAAUCUCUGAGGGGUGUUGUCCAAGUGUUUCUUGAAUAUUGUCCGGCUUGGUGCCGUGACUGCCUCCCUGGGGAGCCUGUGCCAGUGCUCCACCACCCUCUGGGUGAAGAACCUUUUCCUAAUAUCCAGCCUAAACCUCCCCUGGCACAUCUUCCUGACAUUCCCUCGGUUCCUGUCAUUGGUCACCAGACAGAAGAAAAUAUAUAUGGACUUACUAUGUAAAUAUGGUAAGGUAGCCAGUUUCAAUGUGCUUGAUUUGUGGAAAACCACUGAGUGCCCAGGCUUGUGCAACCCUGAAAUAAAUUAGCAAUGCCUCUCC